AUUCAAACACACACACGACCUAACAGUCUGUGACACACAUACACAUGAACACGCAUACCCUCAUAACAUAAUACAAUAAGGGCGUUUUAACGAUAUAUAUUUUAAAACACUAGAAAACAGGUAAGCCGAGCAACGUUUCUAAACGGUGCCUCAACUUGACAGUAACGUUAACGUAACAGCCAGUGAAAAACAAAUGUUUUGUUUCCUGAAAUUAACUCAAGCUAACAUGCUAACACCGACGAAUUGUUAACUUCCUUAGCUAGCUAGCUCAACAUUUGUUGAACCUCUUUCCCAGGUGGCCGGAAAGUUCCCGUAAAAUGUGUGGAAGAACUGCAUGUACUCUUGCUUCUGACGAGGUGAGCCGAGCCUGCUCCUACAGAAACCGAGGAGGGCAGCGUAGACAGCCCCGCUGGAGGGAUGGAGAUGCGGACAAAUACCAACCCUCUUAUAACAAGAGCCCACAGUCUAUGAGUCCCGUCCUGCUAUCCCAGAGGCAUUUUGAUAAGAAUGCUCCGGUUGAUGAGUGUGUGUUGGCCUCGAUGCGUUGGGGCCUGGUACCUGCCUGGUUCAAGGAGAAUGACCCGAGCAAGAUGCAAUACAGCACCAACAACUGCCGCAGUGAGAAUAUAUUGGAGAAAAAAACAUACAAGGACCCUCUGAUAAAAGGGCAGCGCUGCGUGAUCCUGGCUGAUGGCUUUUAUGAGUGGAGGAGGAAGGAAAAAGACAAGCAGCCUUUCUUCAUAUACUUCCCUCAGGCUCAGGGAACCAGUCAUGAGAAAACCGAGGAUCACCCCUCAACCCCAGCUUGCAAUAAGGAGAAUUCAGAGACAGUGUGCCCUCCAGAGGAGGCCUCCCAUGACUUGACAGAGGGAGGAGAAGCACCAGGUGAGUGGACUGGAUGGAAGUUGCUGACUAUGGCUGGACUGUUUGACUGCUGGACACCUCCAGGUGGUGGAGAACCCCUUUACACAUACAGUGUAAUCACUGUUAAUGCUUCCCCAAGCCUGGAAAGCAUCCAUGAUAGGAUGCCAGCAAUCCUGGAUGGAGAGGAAGAAGUGAGAAGAUGGCUGGAUUUUGGAGAUGUGAAGUCUCUAGAUGCCCUGAAACUGCUCCAGUCUAAAAACACUUUGACUUUUCAUCCUGUCUCUUCGCUAGUAAACAACUCCCGCAACAACUCUCCAGAGUGCCUUCAGCCAGUUGAUCUCAAAAGCAAAAAGGAGCCCAAGCCCACAGCCAGCAGUAAGAUGAUGAUGAGCUGGCUGACAAGCAGCACACCUUCAAAGAGGAAGGAGCCCAACACAUGUGGGAGUAAAGAAGAGAGCGAAAGCAAAAAGGCUCAGUGCAAGUCUACAGGAGCACUUCAGCAUUGGCUUCAGGGAGCUAAUAAGAAACCAAGAGCCACAUGAAGAUAUGAACUGGGACUAAAAACUCUGCAGUGUUUAAAAGAGCAUUUAGGCAUUUUUUAUUCCAUUACUAUUGACAGUUUUGCUUAGUAACUUUUAAAUGCAAUAAAAAAAAGAAAUCUACACAGAUACUAUAUUUAAAAUUAUCAAUAAAUGUCAGAAAUAAACACAGCAUGCUUUAUUCAAGAAUUUUAUUACCCUUAUUACUUGAAACGCAAAGACAUUUCGAAACAAUGUAGAUACUAUGCAUUUAUCAUAUUAAUAAUAUAAUGAUGAAUGCCAAUACUUCCCCCCCCCCCAAUUUUUUUUUUUAAGUUACAGUAUGUAUGCUUUUUUUGUAAUCUAUAAUGCAUUUCAACGUUUUAACAUAAUAGGAACAGACAGUUAAAGAUCUGAUCAGUUAAAAGAAAUGUCAAGCACUUUUGUUUGCCAACACGAGCAACGGGCAGAGUCAGAUAUGGAGAUUUACAACACAACUUUUUGCCUUCCCUACACAAUGAUUGAGAGGUUUGCAAAUAUACAAAGUCUUGCAAUAGUUGACAGUAAAAAGAAACAUACUAACUAAUAGCAUCAGUUAUGAAUAUUUAUACUUGAGAAAGUCUCUUCAGGACAUCAGGUAGAAUGACAUGCUGUCUUCAUUUUGUUCAUUCCCACGUCAAAUGUUGUACCACGAAUAACUUGAUUACAAAAUGAACCUUCAUUAGGGACCGCACCUACGUCAAGGAGCUGAGUCUGCAUUCACACAGUGUCCUCAACCUGAGCUACAACUGCAUUUAUUGUGGCUCCAAAAUGAGAUGUCUGAAAGUCUUCAGCAAUUGUGGAUGACAGCAAAGUGCAAAAAAAAAAAAAAAAAUCUGUACACACUUGUAUGAUGGACUUUUCAUGGAACUGGAUUUUAUAAUUAUUUGCCAAUUAAC